UUCUGCACCCUGAGGACCGUGUGAACAUUUUAGCAGUUUGGGCAUUUUUUAGUCUCACCUGAGUGAGACACAGCCGGAGGGGACAGUACUGUCAGACGACUGUCAAACUUCACAGAGCAGCGAUUCACAGAGAGAGCCUUUCUGGUGUGCUGCGGCCCCAUGGCUUGGGACUGUGGCCUGAAGUUUGUCUUUUCUGUAACUCCUACACUGCAGCAGGGACCCGGGGCCAUUGUACGAGAAAGAGAGGAUAUCAGCCGAUUGGAGAUGGUCCAGAGACUGGCAAAGGAUGGAUGCCGCCUUCUGCAUAGCCCACUGAGAGCUACUGAACGUCCUGCCGAGCCCACCGGUGACGCAGCAGUUCGGGUGUGCGAGAGAGAGAGGACCCGCGAGAUGCUGCUAUCUCAGAGGACGACGUCACCGCGAGCUCCCCCCUCCCGCUCCUUCUCAAACAGGAGGUUUGCCGCUGUGCCUGCCACCCCUGAGAAGGUGCUGGAACACCUGCUGGAUCAGAUGAGGAUGGACGAGGAGCAGAGGAACCCCCAAAGCAGAGAAACAGAUAUUCUCUUGGAUGACUUCUUGCUGACCUACCCUGUGUUCAUGUCCACCAGUGACCUGUGCCAAGCAUUGCUUGGUCACUAUUGUUCGAAGAAAGGACGAUUGAAAGAGGAUGCCAGAGAGACUCUGCUUAGGAAACGAAAAGUACUGCACCUGCUGUCCCAGUGGAGCUCGUUGUGCACAGAUCUACGUCAGGACGACGAAGACGCCAAACUAUUCCUUAAGACCCUCUACAGAUAUGUUUUGGAUGAUCUGUAUGAGUUUCCCUCCCUGGAGAAAGACAUUAAAGAACUUCAGAAACUUUUACGGAUGCAGCGCAGACAUACUGUAGAUGAUUACUCGCCGCAGAGGAAGAAUAAGGCUCUCUUCCAUCAGCUGAGCCUGAGGGAUAACUGGCACCCUGUACGUGCACCUCAGAGAGAGAGAAAUGAAGUGCUGUGUCGUGUGUACGUGACUGUAGACUCCUACGUGAGCGUGAGGACACACAGUGAUGCGUCUGCGCAGGAGCUGCUGGGGACCGUGGCAGAAAGACUCGACUGCGCAGAGGACGACAUGGUGCUGGUCGCCAUCACGUAUGCUGGAGAUAAGGUUUUGCUUCAGUCAGAACAGUGUGUGUUUUCCACUUCACUCACUACUGCUGACAGGCUGCACGUCUACAGAAGAGACCUGACCGAGAUCAUGAGUCCUUGCACUGAUAACGGACAGCAGCGCUCAGUAAAGAUGCUCAGUAUGAACACGUGGGAUGUAGCCGUGUCUCUCACCAACUGUGACUGGAGCCUCUUCAGUAACGUCCACGAGCAAGAGCUGGUGUAUUUUACUCUGAGCCGUGAUGCCAGUGGCGGCCACACAGUGGCGCUGGAACACCUGUUACAGCGCUGUAAUGAGACACAGCAGUGGGUGAUGACUGAAGUGCUGCUGUGUCCCACCCUAUGCAAACGUGUGCAGCUCUUCAAGAAAUACAUCAAGAUUGCAGCACACUGUAAAGCACAGAGGAACCUGAACUCACUGUUUGCUAUCACUAUGGGAUUAAACAGUCCGGCCGUCAGUCGACUUACUCAGACGUGGGAGAAAGUCCCUGGCAAGUUCAGGAAGUUGUUCUCCGAGCUGGAAAGCCUGACGGACCCUUCGUUGAACCACAAAGCCUAUAGAGAUGCCUUUAAGAAAAUGAAGUCUCCCAAGAUCCCUUUCAUACCCCUGCUUCUGAAAGAUAUUACGUUUAUUCAUGAGGGCAACAGAACCUUUCUAGACAACCUGGUCAACUUUGAUAAGCUACACAUGAUAGCGGACACAGUGCGAAUUAUCAGGCAAUGCCGGACAGAUCACAUGGGAAACAUGUUGUCCCAGAAGGACAGCGUAGAGGUGAGAACAUACAUCAACUACCUGCACGUCAUUGACAAUCAACAGACCCUCUUUGAGCUCUCACACAGACUGGAGCCCAGGACCUAAGAGACACAGGACAACAUAAGUCCUGAAACCCAAGACUGUGGUUGCUAUUCAGUGUGUUUCCACUAGAGGGAGACACACUCUCAUACACCACAGACAGCCAAAGAAAUCAACCUCAAGUUCGGUAGUGUGAAUGGAACAAAGAAAACCGAAUGCUUAACUGUGAAUCAUGCUGAACUGAUGUUUAAAUCAGGAAGACCUACAGAACAACUAUACAAUGAUCCAGUAUUCAAUGCUACAAUAAGGACUCGUGAGUUUUUGGGGAUGUAAUUAGUUUUUUUAUUUGCUUUCUUGUUUGAUGUAGUUGUUCAGAACAGAUGUUAGGUUGUUUGAGCCAGUCAGCCUCUGCGAAACAUUUUAAAAACAUCAGAGGAUGUUUUAGCAAAUGCAAUUUGUAGACAAUCAGAAUAAUAACCCUAAACAGCACACCAUGUUGUAGGUGAAGCAUUGCUACUACAAACAAUACUUUAAAACAGUGGUGCCCAAACUAUGGCCAAAUUGGCUCCCAAUGACCUUUAAUUUUGCCCGUUAUGCCACGUAAGAUAAGGAAAACGGAUAAACAUCAUCGGCCCAGAUGUUCAUAUUUCUAAUUAAACAUUUUUAUAAAAUGUAACAUUUUUUGUUUAUUUAUACAUUUCAAAAUGUAAAUUGAAAUUAAAUUCAAGGAGUUUAAGUAAAUAAAUUUGUUUUAAUGUACAUGCAUACUUGAAGGUGUAUAGCAUGCGUCACUAAACUCAACGAAUUCUGGUACUACAGGCUAAUAAUGGAGAGGUCGAGGUUUUUUACAACAGUUGCCUUUGUUUAUGCAUAACUAUGCAGUUUUAUUUUCAGAGUAAAGUUUGCUUAUUUAUUUUUUAAAUAUUAGAAAAUUAUAAAUUAGGAGAAUCAGGGCAACUUUAAUUUUAAUAUAACACAGCAACAUUUACUUUAAACCCACGACUCUCAGUCAGGUUUGAUUUUUGGCCCUUGGUAGGAAAACGUUUGGGCACCCCUGCUCUAAAGUAUAGCUUAAAUAUAUUAUUAUAUAUAAUAUUAUUAAAUAUAAUCUAACUAGGACAUAUUUAUUUAAAUCUGAAAAUAAUGCAUAUUCUAAAAAUUGCAGUGCUUUCCUAAGCCUUGUAAUAAACUUAUGAUUACUAAAAAAAUAUUUGUUGGUUCAACUUAAAAAUUAAGUUACCUGGUUGCCUAAAAAAGCUGAGUCAAUUUCAACUCAAAAAUAUUAGUUGUCACACACACACACACACACAUAUAUAAAUUUUGGAGUCAACCUAUUUUUUAAGUCAAAUCAGCUAAAGUUUUAACCAGGUAACUUACUUUAUUAAGUUGAACCAAGAAAUCUUUUUGUACAGUGUAUGUACUAGACACGCUGUAGAUCAGGUUCAGUAAUUCCUUCAUAAUUUAGUUUGCAGCUCAUAAUAGAAAUAACAUCAGGGUAACAGACAAAUAUACAAACACAAGAGACAUAGACUUACUGUAUUAAAGAGGCUUUACUGCUUGGCUCAUAUAACUGUGUACAGUAGUUCUGUAAAGACUUACAUUAGACUGUGUUUAUUUUGUUUAUAAGUUGUUCCUUGAGUUGUGAGUAUAUUUAUUUAACAAUAUAUUUGUUCAGACGGGAGCAGGACACAAGUUUAAAAUAUAAAGAUGUAAUGUAUGACUGUAAAUGUGAUCAGAUGGUCUGAAUGAUUUGGCAACGCCAUUGAUUGAUCAGUCUGAUUAUUUAUGCAUGUGAGCUUCACAUGCAAACUCUGUAAAUACAAAAAAGUACUUUUUAAAAAUAAAUAAGAAAAACAGGCCACAAAGCAAUAGCGAGGUGUACGUGUCACCUCCAAAAAACAUAAUUUAGCAGUGACUGACUGUAGCUGCUGUUUGCACUAGUUUUCUUGAAUACGAGUCUUACAUUAAAGAAAAAUAAAUCCUC